CGUCCCACUCCUCCUCCUCCUGCCCCUUUGCCGCGCAGCCCUCAGCCGGGAAGGGCCGCCGCCACCGCCGCCGCGCAGCAUGGCGAGCCGCUGCCUGCGCCUGGCCGCCCUGCUCGCCCUCACCGCCUGCCCCGGCCGCGCCUACCAGGGAUCGGGAUAUUCACCCCUUGAAGACGAUGAAGAUGUGUAUGCACGCAAUAGAUAUAAAGAAACACCAUGGUGCUCUCCCAUUAAGGUGAAACAUGGUUAUGCAAACUGCAGGACACCUCAAGGGGAAUAUUACAAGAACGUGCUGGGGACGAGAUGCGACAUUCGUUGUCAGAAAGGCUACGAACUGCACGGCCCUCAGCAGCUCAUUUGUCAGUCAAGCAAACGCUGGUCCGGGAAGGUGCUGUGCAAACAGAAGCGCUGCCCCACCCUCUCCAUGCCAACCAACGGGGGCUUCAAGUGUCUGGAUGGCGCCUACUUCGGCUCGAGGUGUGAGUACUACUGCUCGCCGGGAUACCAGCUGAAAGGCGACCGCAUAGUGACGUGCAUGGACAACAAGGUGUGGAGCGGCCGGCCAGCUUCCUGCGUGGAUACAGAGCCACCAAGAAUCCAGUGCCCGAGCGUGAAGGAGAAAACCGCAGAGCCCAACAAGCUGACGGCCAGAGUCUUCUGGGACACCCCGGAGGGAAGGGACACCGCCGAUGGGAUUUUGACAGAUGUUAUUUUGAAAGGCCUGCCCCCAGGGUCACAUUUUCCAGAAGGCGACCACAAAAUCCAAUAUACCGUGUAUGACAGAGCUGAAAACAAAGGCACUUGCAAAUUUCUCGUUAAAGUCAGAGUCAGGCGCUGUGUGAAAUUAAACGCCCCAGAUAAUGGCUACAUCAAGUGUUCGGGUGAUGGAAAUAACUACGGUGCUACGUGCGAGUUCUCCUGCAUUGGUGGCUACGAGCUGCAAGGAAGCCCAGCUAGAGUGUGCCAGUACAACCUGGGCUGGUCGGGAGUGGAGCCAACCUGUGCACCCAUGAAUAUUAAUGUGAAUGUGAGGACUGCAGCUGCACUUCUGGAUCAGUUUUAUGAGAAGCGGAGGCUGCUAAUUAUUUCAACUCCUACUGCAGCCAACUUCUUCUACAGGAUGCAGUUGGGGAUGCUGCAGCCAGCACAGUGUGGUCUAGACCUCCGGCAUGUUACCGUUGUUGAAUUGGUUGGCGUCUUCCCCGCACAGAUAGGAAGAAUAGGGGUAAAGCUGCUGCCCCCAUCACUUGCACUGCAACUCAGGCUGUUGCUGAGGAUCCCCCAUUAUAAUUUCAACAUCGUGGUGAUGGACAAGCACGGCAUGGACAAGGAACGCUAUCCUUUCCCAGCAACGCCAGCCGAGCUCUUUGCACUUAUUGACAAUUUUCCCUUGAGAAAAGAAGAGAUGAAACUGCAAGCAGAAAUUGGCCAGUCGUGCCCCUAAUUGAGAAUUGCAGGGCUUGUAUUUGCCAGUGAUUUUUUUUUUUUUUAUCCACGUAAUUCUCCCCUUGGUGCUACACAAAGCAUGGCUUUUGUAAUCACUGAUGUACAGAUUUUUUGUGUGUAUUGUUAGGUCUGUCCAGCUGUGUAGCUACUCUGCAUAGACAUAUGCAUGAUGCUUUUUUGUACUUUCAGCCAUCUGUAGAGAAACGUGUACGUAGGAUUACUACCCAGUGGAGUUUCUUGUACAGACAGCAAAGACCUGAGGCACGUCUCUAGGAGUUUAUUUUGGAUUUUUCAUUCAGUGUGAAAUUGGGGUUUCUUUCUUACUGUUUAUAAGUCUUUUUAUUAAUAAAAUAUUGUUUUGCAAAGAAAUAGCUGUCUAA